AUGGAACCCCGCUAUGUUAUGAUCGACCAAAUCCUUUCAAACCUCAAUAUGUAGUAAACUCUCCAUGUUAUAUGGUAACAGAAAAUUCAAAUUCAAAUUCAAAACGUGAUAAUACAGACAUGUUUGUAGUGAAUUUUACAUGUGGUGUUACUGAUCAAGUACUUUGUCAAAAAGUAAAAAAUGCUUUUAUCUCUGCUGGUCAAAUUCUUACUGAAGCAAUAAUAUUCACACAAACUGUGCAAGUUAAUGCUACUUUCAUUGAUAUUUGUGCGGCAUAUGGUGUAUGUUCAGUAAGUAACGGUCAAGUAAUCGGUGCGGCAGCUCCAGCGAGAAGCAUUUUAAUUAAUGAUGGGGGUACUUCUAGGUUUUAUCCCCAAGCUCUUGUAAAACAACAAAAUAAUCAAAAUCAUCCAGAAUAUAGUAUCUAUGAUAUUGUAGCUGUUUUCAAUAGUCGAAAUAUUUCUUAUUGGUUUAAAUCUGAUGGUAUAGAUAUAAAAUCAAAUCAGAUAGAUAUAGAGAUGGUAAUAUUGCAUGAAUUUGUACAUGGGUUAGGAUUUACUUCCAGCCUUAAUGAAUAUCUAUUACUCUUGGACGAUUCAGGACGACCAUAUGCUGGAAGUCGGACCCCUUUACCAGGAUUAACUCCAUAUAUCAUAAAUACUACUUUGACUAAUUAUCAUUUAGUUGAAACUGUAUUAGAUAAAUUCAUGUCUGUACUUAUCACUAAUCAGAAAAUUUCUGAUAUUACCAAGCAAAUGGACAUUUUUGGUAAUACUCAGUUUAAUACUCCAAAUGAUUUUGCAACGACAUUCGUAAAUUCAUCUCAAUACAGUUUGGCUAUGAAUUUAAAGAAUUAUGCUAUUAAGCCAAAAACUUUAGGACUUUUAACUAAUGGUAAUACAAAUGUUGAUAAUGCCAUCAUUCUUGAGACAUGGAUAAAUCCUUUCAUGCAUGGUUCGAGUAUUAGCCAUUUUAGUUAUGUCAAAUAUACUAAUACUAGUGAUUUCUUAAUGAGAUUUAUGGCCGAAAAUGGGACAACUCUUCAACAACAUAUAUUAAAGGGUGGAAAUUAUUCAUGGGGUGCAAUCGGCCCUCAAUUAAGAUUAUUUUUUGAUUCUAUAGGGUAUACGAUCCGAGAUCCGAAAUCACUUCCAAGUCAAAAUUCUAAUAAUACUAAUAAUGCUAAUGGGUCUAUUUCUGGUGUAUCAAUUAGUGCUAUUAUUGGUGCAGCCAUUGGUGGAGUCAUUGGUGGUGUUUUAAUUACUUUUUCUGCAGUAAUGAUUUAUUUUUGGUAUAAAAGGCGAAGAAAUGAUACCUAA